GCAGUUGGGCGCGCGGCGGCCCGCCCUCCCCGCCUGGGCGCCGCGGGCCCGAGGGGCGCGGCCGGCUGUGUUGGCCGCCGUCUCCAGGCAGCGCCGGGGCGGGCGGGCCGCGGAGAGCGCCGGCGGGAGCCCGAGGAGGAUGCGGGGCCGCCGGGAAGCGCCGCGCAGGUAAUGCUUUUGUGAACCACAACUUUAAGUCAACCAGCUGCUCCUCUCAACAAGAGUAUCCUCUGUUAAUUCUUUCACCUUGCAUGAUGAGUCAGAGAAAGCUAAUUCCCAAGCCCUCUCUGCAGUCUCCUGUCCCUCAUCCGAAGCUGAACUUCUCGUCCUCAGACCCACCUGUGAAGCAAGACGACCUGCACCUUUCCAAAGACUCCUUGGAAUCUGACUCAGAAAGCCUCGCUCAAGAGAUGCACUCCCUUUCUGAGCGGGAGUACCAACUCCGGGACAAUGACAUGGAGCCUGACAGUUUAGAGGGAAGCCCUGGACCGGACAGCCUGAGUGAGACCCAGGAGGAAGCCAGCAGAAGAGCAGCCGAGGCGGCCAGGGAGGAGGACGUCCGUGCCUGGGACAGUGUUGUGAAGGACAGCCAACAACCAAUGAAAGAUAAAUAUUCAGACCUCCAAUAUGACCCAAACUGGAAUAAGAAACAGGAAAGGCAGCUGUCGGCUCUGGAAGGGCUGUCGGAGUCUGGAGAGAGCUCUCUGGAAAACCUGCCUCUGGAUCCACUUCAGCCUUCCAAGGAGACAUCGGCGGAGCUCUCAGGGGGGAAAGACAGCCAGCAGAGUCCACAGAGUGCAGCCUCCUUACUUGGGAGUGAAUUUUUAAGCACACACUAUGAGCACAGCACUCCUUGCAGUGAGCCGUUUUCCGAGCUGAGCGAUAGCGACCUGGAGGAGGAUUCCAGCAACCUCUCUCAGUAUGUGAAGAGUUCAAGUUCACAUAAUGAGGUUUUCCUGUCGGAAUCACGAGGCCGUCGGCGAAAGAAGCCCAAACAAUAUUUUGUAGAGAAAAAUAAGCUGACCUUGGGAUUGCCCACUCCUAAAACAGACUCUUAUCUUCAGCUUCACAAUAAAAAAAGGGGGGAAACUCACCUGCAGCAGGUCUCCCACCCGGCCAGGGGAACGGAGAAGACGCCUGUUCAAAACGCCAAGGAGAGUGAGCCUGCUGCCAUCGAUCCCGAAGACAAAUGGCAUCAAAGAGCACAACAGCUAAAGAAUUACCAGGAAAACUGUUCUGAAUAUGAGAGUACAAAAGGUCAAUCUUCUGAAAUAGUGAACAACCAGCAACCUUCUAGAAGACCAGCCAAUGCCAAGACUGGAAAACAGCAUGGCCACCAGAAUGGCCUGAAGUCUUUCAUGACCGAAGAGGUCACCAUCGGUCAAGGAAACGAGAAUAACACCUCCAGACAGCAGCAGAACCUAAAUCAGCCUGUUGAUGCUUUCAUUAGCCACCAAUCAGUUGUGCUUGUGAACACCUCCAAUGAUAAUUUACAAGGAUCAAGUGCACUUAGGAGACAGAAUCCCAAAGUAACCUCCACUACAUCUGCCCCAGCAAACCAGGCUUUUGCCAAGGUGUUGUCUAAGAACUCUACUAGCUAUCCCCCAGUGCUGAAUGUGAAAAAAGAAAGAGGACACAGAGACCAAAAAGAGAAAAGACUGUCACAUCAGCAGCCGCAUCUCAGCACCCUUUCUAAUAUGGACUUGAACAACCUCGAUGAAUUUUCCAAGACACGUGUGCACCCCACCCAGAGAGGCCCUCAGUUUGUUUAUAACAUAAAUGAUCAUGGAUUCACCAAAAAUAACAAGCAACCCAAACAGCCAUAUACAGAGACAAGAUAUAGGAACUUGGAAAUAUUAUGGAAAUUCAGUUCCUCCUCUGACGGACAACCUGUGAGAGCUUCUCCAGAAUCCCAGCUCACUCAGAUAAUGGAGCAGCAUCAGCAAGCCCUGGUGCAGCUGACGGAGGUGCAGCCCCGCAGCGGUGCCUUCCCCGGCACCACACUGCCCCCGAUCUUGUCACGGGUGGAGAGUGAAUCCCAGCUCAGUUCAGAGAGAAGCCAGAGACAGCAAAUGAAAAUCAACCGUAGCAAUUCUGAAGGCUACCUGUUCCAGCUGGAGAAAGGGAAAAGGCACAGGAAGAGAAGCAGCCUUAAGCCUGGGCUCCUCACCUCUUGAGAGCCCCCCAGCCUCCGCGGUGCGGUCCCAGCCAGUGACGGAGCCCACCUGCGGAAGCUGGCCAACCUUCACUGAGCUCUCUGUCUGCAGCAAGAUUCACCAGCACCUGGGAGCACGUCAGUCCUUCCCCACAGGGACUGGCUUAGUAAGUGAAAUCGGGGGCCCACAGUAGAAUACUUUCAGGAACAGAUGAGGGCGCACAGGAAGGAGGCGUUUUAUGUCCCGUGCAUUUCUUCAUGAGACAUAAAACCCGGCAGGAAAGGCCACUUCCCUCUAGUGUCAGACAAUAAGGAAAACGCACCGUUUCACAGGGCCGCAGGGAGGGCCUGGUUGGAGACACCAGGCCUGUGGCGAGGCGGGUUCCCUGGGAACAGCCUCUGAGCUGCAGGUUUGAGUGCAGGAAGCACCCUUGAGACGCUCCCUUGGGAAAUGCCCUGUUAGUGGGGAGUGGGGAGGCACAGCAGGACAGAGGGACAGCAGGAACUGUGAUACAGAUGGGACAGAAUCCUCAACCAAGGCCUUGAGAGCUCUGAGGCCAGUACCCCUUCCAAGACAAGGGACCCGGAUUUCAGAUGCCCCACGUCAGCCAGUCACUGGGAUAGUGCUGUCCCUGGGGAGUGGCUGUGACUUUGGGUAUAGCAGCUGCAUCUGGCAGAGGGAGGUUCUAGGGAGGAUUCAACCAGGAGCCAUCAGCAGCUGGGGAAAUGAAUGCCUCCGUCCAGAGAAACAUCCGGAAAGUCAGCAUGGGAGGAGGUAAGCAGGUGGUCCUUUAUUCAAAGUAUGAUGGUUGGAUUCCUACUAGGAACCUGCUAGGUGUGGGACGGAAAGAUGAAUGAGCCAGGACCCCUCUCCGGAAGAACCUUAGGGCUGCAGGGCUUUAGGGAGGACAGACGUGGAAAUGGCUUCAGUACGAUGUUGGGAGCAAAGCAACCAUCCUCGUGUAUGUGCGGGAGCGCAGAGGACACGCUUCCCAACCUGAGAGCCAAGCAGAGCGGCGGGAGACAACAGGGGCUGCGUCUUAGAGAGCUGGCAAAGGAAGGAACGUUGCAAGAGUGCUUCAGGCAGGGGGCCGGCAGGCGCAGAGGUGCCGAAGUCAUGGCAGCGUGAUGCACGCCAGGGCCGGGCGAACACUCCUGUCACUGCCGCUGUAACCAGGGGGCACCGGCGUGGGGAGCAGCGGGUGAAGAUUAGUGGGGGCCGAGUUUUAGAAGAUCUUUUCAUUCAGAGACGAAGGACUUUUAAUUCUAUAGGCCGGAGGACGACCACUGUGGCUUGGGCCCCAAAGUUCACGUGUUGAAAUGUAAUCUUCAGGUUCACGUUUGGAUGGUAUUUGGAGGCGGGGCCUUUGGGAAGUCAUCAGGGUCCCAUGAGUUCAUGAGGAUGGAGCUCCUGCGAUGGGGGUCAGUGGAUUAUAAAGAAAAGAGACCUCAGCACCCCCACUUGCUCUUUCACCAUGUGAUGACACAGCAGGAAGGCCCUCACCUGGGGCUGGGGCCCUGCUGUUGGACUCCGUGGCCAACAGAACUGGGAGCUACAUAAACCUCUAUUCUUUAUAAGGUGUCCAGACUCGGUGUUUUUUUGUUUGUUUGUUUGUUUGUUUUUUUACAGGCAGAGUGGACAGUGAGAGAGAGAGAGACAGAGAGAAAGGUCUUCCUUUGCCAUUGGUUCACCCUCCAAUGGCCGCCACGGCCGGCACACUGCGCUGAUCCGAUGGCAGGAGCCAGGUGCUUCUCCUGGUCUCCCAUGGGGUGCAGGGCCCAAGGACUUGGGCCAUCCUCCACUGCACUCCCGGGCCACAGCAGAGAGCUGGACUGGAAGAGGGGCAACCGGGACAGAAUCCGGCACCCUGACGGGGACUAGAACCCGGUGUGCCGUCGCCGCUAGGCAGAGGAUUAGCCUAUUCAGCCGCGGCGCCAGCCUCAGACUCGGGUGUUUUGUGUAGAAAUGCAGAAUGGACUAAAAGAGGGGUCACUGAAGAAUUUUAAGCACAGUCACGUCUGUGUUUUAGACCUCUCUGGCUGCAGUGGGCAGAGCAGGUGCAGGACAUUCCAGGAAGUUAGAGUUGCUAAUAAUUCAGUGGACCCUCCGGUGGGGCCCUCAGAGAAAAGGAAAUGGGCGGCAUUGAGGAGAACGGGGAAGCUGGGCUAGAGCAGCCAACGGUCAUCUCACAGAGGAGGGAAGUCGGCUUGGGGCGGGGGUGACCCAAGCCCCCUCCUGCAGCUCCCAUCUCAGGGCCCCUUGUGUGCCCCAGGUCUUCAGCAGGCUCACAGCCCUGCGUCCUCACUCCGGCCCUCUCAUGGACCAACCUGAGGGCUCUUUGAACUCCUUGUCCUAGCCCCCUCCCUCCUAUCUUCCAUCCUGCUGGGGUGCGGGUAGGGGUUCCUGAUCCCUGUACAGGCCCUGGAGACCACCGACUUGUGGCUGGGAAAAACCCCAGUUCCACUGGAAAUAAGGAAAAACCAUGUUUUGGAUUCACAGGUAACUAGUUUUCCCACUGGAGCAGCAUGGGAGUAGUCCCAGUCAGCAGCAUGUGGUGGAGCUUAUUAACUCAGCCAUUCCUAAGCUUGGAGCUCUGGCACCUAAAAUCCGUGAACUUGGGGAAGCGCCUCAUUCACCCCUUUUUUCUUCUGUGCACCAUCGGAAGGGUUCUUUCUGCUGGAGAUCUGGUGUGGUGUUCAAUGAAAUCACGUAUCGCCUCAGCUUAUUCCCUAGCAAAGAUCCUACAGCUACAAAUGUUCACUUCCUUUUCCUCCCUCGGGUCUCUUUGUAAUUUGCAUUCACUUUUACUGGGGGAGGGGGGAUAGAGGAAGACCUCCCGGUGACUGUACAUCAGAAAUCUAAGGGCCUAAGAGGGCAGGGGGGUUUCCAGUUAAUGCCUCCCAAGCCCUGCUUCCCACUGGGACAAGCCCUCACUUCCUGCUUUGUCUCACACAGCCAUUUCUCAGUCCCACCCCUUCACCUGCGGCUGGCAAAUCCACAGAAGCACUCUUUGUCCUUCGAGUUAUUGCAGAGGCCGAAACGACUCAGAACUGAGCUAUUUGUGCAGGGCAGCGGGUAGCCGGGGCGCCAGACAGAGGAAAGCAUUAUCCAGGUCAUGCCCGUGGUUUCCAAGGGAAGCGCCCGCCCCGGAUCACGUUAAACACGUGAGGAUUUGGUAAAGAUCAUAGGCCCCAGAACCCUCCCUCCUCUCC